AUGAAGACCUCUCAUUGUUACCAUGUCUUGGCAGCGCUCAGCUUCUGGAUUCUCGCAGUGGUAUAUGGAUCGGAAGCUGGAGGUACCCUCAGCCAGAAUAAUCAAGAGGAACCAUGGGUAGUCCACCGCGUCAAAACAUGGCUCGAAAAGCACAAGGCAAAAUUGUCGCGACUGGUGCAUCGCAACAGCAAGAACAACCAAAAGAAUCAAGACUCCUUUGAAGCUCCUCGCGUGGUGGAAAAUUUCUUAUCCGCCGAUGAAGCUACCCAAUUGUUACAACGCUAUCAACCUCUGUUACAUGAUUCGCAAGAACGCGAUGGAGGACACGUCAAAUCAUCCUCGCAGUAUCGAAGUUCUCGGUCGGUACGAUUGCCUCCUCUUGGAGACAAACUAGUCUUUGCCGUGGAACAACGAGCUGCGGCAUUGGCGGGAUACCCGGUCGAUCGGGUCGAAGAUUUUCAAUUGGCAUGUUACAAUCAUGCACAACUGUACGCCUUGCAUCGCGACGAUGCGGCUGCCAAUACGAAUCCUAAUACCAAACGGGUUGCCACGGUACUCAUCUACAUUCAAGCUCCCAUAAGAGGUGGCAAUACUCUGUUUACCAUGCGACCAUUGGAAGAAGAAACUGAUUUGAAACUGCGACAACCAUUACGGACCGAACAAGAUGCCGUGGAGCUAUUUCAACACUAUUGCAAAAGCCAUUGUCGACAACCCAAUAAGAAAAAGCGAUUUAAUAAGCAUCAUGUGGUAGUGGAGCCAAGUGUGGGACGAGCCGUGACGUGGGACAAUUGGAAGAAGAACAACACGGUAUUCAUGAAAGAAUCCACCCACGGGGCAUGUCCGGUCUGGAAAGGACAAAAAUGUGUCAUUCAGCAAUGGAUUGCAUCCGACGCGCUGCCACUGCGACGACACAAUCUACUCGCCAUUGUCCCACUGGGAGCCGAGUAUUCGUACCAUUCCGCCAUCCAUGAUACUACUACUACGAGCGCCACCCAAAACUGUUUCCCGGAUGUCAGCACACAACAAGGCAAAUACAUGUCCGAGCUGUGUGCGGAUUUGUCCACCAGCCUGUCGACGAUUACAAAGCUCCAGGAGGGUCCGUAUGAAAACGUCGGAGCGUUGCAUCUCGACAACACUGGCUUUUCGACUACAUUACCGUUCCACACAAUAUUCGCAGACAAUGACGACGACAAUACAUCAUCAUCAUCCAAAGGCUGCACACUCUUGUUUUGGGUCUCCAAGCCACAGUCAGGACUCACGUUGGUUUCCUGGGAGCAUGACAAGCUGGGACGCAUACAAUUGCAACAGGUGGAAGGCUUUCAGUUGGAACUGUCGUGGGCCGGUACAGCAAGUAGUACUACCGUUGACAACAAUUCAUCCUCCUUGGCCAUUCUGAGCAUAGACCCCGAAGAUUGGUAUGAUUGGUCCUGGGUGUCGGUCUACACGAGUCUUUCACAAGUCUCUGUGAAGGUACACUCCCGUGGUGGUUAUGUCUUGGGACAAGCACUGGCGGAGAGUCCACAUGCAACAACAACUCGUGAUGAUGAAUCUUGUAGCACGGCUGAUGAACAACCAUCACAACAACAAGUCAAGUUGUCAUUGUUCACUGCUACUCUAAUGACCCACCGUAGUACAGACGACGGCAAAGCAGCUGCCAGUGGCACUUCCACUGCUUUUGUGGAACAGGAGCAAACUGCUGCCUUUACCAAAAAAGCACCAGCCAACAACAACAAUAUUGUCCUGCCUUCGGUCGAUGUCUCCUUUUUGCUUCUCUAUAAAGGGCGUUUGGAUGACUCGGAUGCCGCCCAAUUGCGUCGUCAAGCCAAGCGAUACGAUGCUACGUCCUAG